CCCGCGCCGCUCGCUCUCACGCGCCGUCUCAGCGUCCUCAGCCCCAGCAGCAGCCCCCGCAGUCGCUGGAGCGGCCGCGCCCGCCGCAGGGAGGGAGGAGCAUCUGGGGAGGCUCCAAGUUGGCGGAGCGACUAGGACCCCCGGACUCUUCAGCGGCCGCCCGGGAGGGGCUGAGAGGCGAGCAGGGGAGGGGGCGCCGCCGAGCCUCUAGUCCCGAGCCCCGAGCCCCGACCCCCUGCCCGCGGCCGCACCAUGCGCGCCGGGUCGGCGUGAUCGGCUCCGCCCGCAGCCUCCCCGCAGCCUAGCCCGGCGCUCUCGCCCGCCACACUGAGCGGCGCCCGGGAGCUAUGAGCCAUGAAGCCGCCCGGCAGCAGCUCCCUGCGGCCGCCCCUGGCGGGGUACAGCCUUUCCCGAGCCUCUCGCGGCCCCUCCGGCGGCCCCGCCGGCCCGGCGCCUCUCCGCGCCCCGGCCCGCGCGCCGCCCUGCCGCCUGCUCCUCGUCCUUCUUCUGCUGCCUCCUCUCGCCACCUCGUCCCGGCCCCGGGCCUGGGGGACUGCUGCACCCAGCGCUCCGCAUUGGAAUGAAACUGCAGAAAAAAAUUUGGGAGUCCUGGCAGAUAAAGACAGCACAUUGCAACAGCAUAACAGCAGUAAUAUCAGUUACAGCAAUGCAAUGCAGAAAGAAAUCACAUUGCCUUCAAGACUCAUCUAUUACAUCAACCAAGACUCAGAAAGUCCUUAUCAUGUUCUGGACACAAAGACAAGACACCAGCAAAAACAUAACCAGGCUGUCCAUCUGGCCCAGGCAAGCUUCCAGAUUGAAGCCUUUGGCUCUAAAUUCAUUCUUGACCUCACACUGAACAAUGGUUUGCUGUCUUCUGAUUAUGUGGAGAUCCACUACGAAAAUGGGAAGCCACAGCACUCCAAGGGCGGAGAGCACUGUUACUACCACGGCAGCAUCAGAGGAGUCAAGGACUCGAGGGCUGCUCUGUCGACCUGCAAUGGACUUCAUGGUAUGUUUGAAGAUGAUACCUUUGUAUAUAUGAUAGAACCGCUGGAGCUGAUUCACAAUGAGAAAAGCACCGGUCAACCACAUAUAAUCCAGAAAACCUUGGCAGGACAAUAUUCUAAGCAAAUGAAGAAUCUCAGUAUGGAAAGCAGUGGCCAGUGGCCCUUUCUGUCUGAAUUGCAAUGGUUGAAAAGGAGAAGGAAGAGAGCCGUGAACCCAUCUCGUGGUGUGUUUGAAGAAAUGAAAUAUUUGGAACUUAUGAUUGUUAAUGAUCACAAAACGUAUAAGAAGUAUCGUUCUUCUCAUGCACACACCAAUAACUUUGCAAAGUCCGUGGUCAACCUUGUGGAUUCUAUUUACAAGGAGCAGCUCAAUACCAGGGUUGUCCUGGUAGCAGUAGAGACCUGGACUGAGAAGGAUCAUAUUGAGAUCACCACCAACCCUGUGCAGAUGCUCCAUGAGUUCUCCAAAUACCGGCAGCGUAUGAAACAGCACGCCGAUGCCGUGCACCUCAUCUCGCGUAUGACAUUCCACUAUAAGAGAAGCAGUCUGAGUUUCUUUGGAGGUGUCUGUUCUCGCACACGGGGAGUUGGUGUGAAUGAGUAUGGUCUUCCAAUGGCAGUGGCACAAGUAUUAUCGCAGAGCCUGGCUCAAAACCUUGGAAUCCAAUGGGAACCUUCUAGCAGAAAGCCAAAAUGUGACUGCACAGAAUCCUGGGGCGGCUGCAUCAUGGAGGAAACAGGGGUGUCUCAUUCCCGAAAGUUCUCAAAGUGCAGCAUUUUGGAAUAUAGAGACUUUUUACAGAGAGGAGGUGGAGCCUGUCUUUUCAACAGGCCAACAAAGCUAUUUGAGCCCACGGAAUGUGGAAAUGGAUAUGUGGAGGCUGGAGAGGAAUGUGACUGUGGUUUACACGUGGAGUGCUAUGGACUGUGCUGUAAGAAGUGCUCUCUCUCCAACGGGGCCCACUGCAGCGACGGGCCGUGCUGUAACAAUACCUCAUGUCUCUUUCAGCCACGAGGGUAUGAAUGUCGGGACGCUGUCAACGGGUGUGAUAUUACUGAAUAUUGUACUGGAGACUCUGGCCAGUGCCCACCAAACCUUCAUAAGCAAGAUGGAUACGCAUGCAAUCAAAAUCAGGGCCGCUGUUACAAUGGGGAAUGCAAGACCCGGGACAACCAGUGCCAGCAUGUCUGGGGGACAAAGGCUUCCGGGUCUGACAAGUUCUGUUAUGAGAAGCUGAACACAGAAGGCACAGAGAAGGGGAACUGUGGGAGGGACGGAGACCGCUGGAUCCAGUGCAGCAAACAUGAUGUGUUCUGUGGGUUUUUACUCUGUACCAAUCUUACUCGAGCUCCGCGUAUUGGUCAGCUUCAGGGUGAGAUCAUCCCAACUUCCUUCUACCAUCAAGGCCGAGUGAUUGACUGCAGUGGUGCCCAUGUGAUUUUAGAUGAUGAUACAGAUGUGGGCUAUGUAGAAGAUGGAACGCCAUGUGGUCCAUCCAUGAUGUGUUUAGAUCGGAAGUGCCUACAGAUUCAGGCCCUAAAUAUGAGUAGCUGCCCACUCGAUUCCAAGGGUAAAGUCUGUUCAGGCCAUGGGGUGUGCAGUAACGAAGCCACCUGCAUCUGUGAUUUCACCUGGGCAGGGACAGACUGCAGCAUCCGGGAUCCAGUCAGGAACCUUCACCCUCCCAAGGAUGAAGGACCCAAGGGUCCUAGUGCCACCAAUCUCAUAAUAGGCUCCAUCGCUGGUGCCAUCCUGGUAGCAGCUAUUGUCCUUGGGGGCACAGGAUGGGGAUUUAAAAAUGUCAAGAAGAGGAGAUUCGAUCCCACCCAGCAGGGCCCCAUCUGAGUCUGCAGCGGCAGCGGGUGAGCGGUGCCUCGCACCGGUGGAUUCUGGGUGCGACAGACCCGCUGCACCGUUGCUGGAGCUGUUGCAUCUGUAAGCAAGACCACUGGGUGGUAACGACCACAGCACUGAAGUUGGGGGACAGGGAUGGGGGAACAGGAAACUGUCCUUUGGGGAAAUCAUUUCAAAGAACCCCUCUUACCACCUGUCAAGAAAAGGGGAUCAAAGACAAUGUUAUAAAAAGAACUAUUUCAGAAUCUUUUUUUUUUUCUAACUGAAGGAAGAAGGAACAAUAACGGAAAAUUAAGUGCAAUAAAAGAACCAUUAAAAAAUAGCAAAAGAUUUUUUUUCUUUCCUCAGCCUGCUGGCACUUACUACCUUCUAAAUGAUUUGGCAUGAUUUUCUUUUCUUUUCCUACCAAUGACACACUCCAGUGGCAUGAAGAUCUAAUUUUCGAAAGGGUAAAAUCCGCAUGGCCUAUCUACAACAAGCAGCUAGCAAGCCAUCCACAGCAAAACCUGCAGCUGAAUUCCCGAGGUGAACCGGCCGGGGAACAGGGGGGUGCUGUCCGGCCCUCACCCCCUUGUCUAGGCCAGCCACGAGAGACCCCACGGACCCCUGCUCAUGUUGAGUCCUUUUCCCCGUGUGCUCGCCUGGACCAAGCAUCCUUUGGAAAUGGGAGCUGGAAUUUGAACAAUGAUGCUAUUGUAUAGUUCUUUUAUAAAUGUAAAUAUGGAAAUAAGAGAUUUUGACAUCAUUUUCACUUGUCUGUACUGGAAUAUUUUUCUUGUAAAAGUUCUCUGUAGAUUGGAGUUUAUUGUUUGCUCCCCAUCUUUUGGGUUCUUUUCGCUGUUUUCUCUCUCUCUUCUCUGGUAACGUGUUGUUCAGUGAUUUGGGGGCUUGCUUCAAAAAAGACAGAUGUAGCCACAGAUGCAGGGAGUUUGGGCACAAAGCAGGUACAAGUGAACAAGGAAAUGCGUGAACAAAAUGAAAUGCUUGAAACCAAAAAUGAGCAAAAGCGGGGCGGGGGGGGGGGGACACAAACAACUAAAUAACCCAUACUAAAAAUACAAAAAUUAUGUAAAUGCAAAUAUAUGUACUGACCAGUCUAACAUUUUGUGAUGUCAUUAUACAUGUAUGUAUAUAAUGUAAGAAAGUAGACACCCUCUCAAAGGAAUCACAAAAGUGCCAAGCUCAUGAUUUGCAUUUUUGGUUUUGACAGUUUUUCUUUCCCUGUCUUUAAUGUGAAAGGAGAAUGAACUUAAAGCCUUAAAUUAAAAAAUAACUUUUCAAGGUUAAAAAACUGGGGGGGAAAGUUACACUUUCCAUUUCGUUCACAGCUGUUGUUGUCCAUAUCUCAUCCAUGCUUCCUCUCCCCGCCUCGAAAGACGUGGUAGAACCCCACUGGCAAGCUGGUAAUGGACACACAGCAGGGGCUGCCUUCUUGUGAGUGUUGCUAUCGUGGGCUUUACGUCUGUGUGGUGUGUUUUCAGAUGAAUCUUGUCAGGAGCCCGUAGUGUGUUACCGGUCUGUGGAAUGUUCUGGAUUGCGAUGGGAUUCUGCUGUUCACAAAUUUGUCCAUCUUCUUUGGCCUCCAGGCAGAUGUGCCAAUGUAAUCUGGGUUCCCAAGUCCCUCUUGAGUUUCCUUCACUGACACCGCUUUCUUCCAUUUAGGGUCAAGAUAGUGUCCGUUCAAGGGCAUAGUAUAUACAGUGAAUGAAGAAAUCUGGUCCUGACUUGGUUUUGAAUGUAGAAACUUGUACGUGAGUCCUUCACUCAGCACCCACUUAGACACUUGCAGAUGAGCUUUCCUGAAGCACCCCCUCCCCAGCCCAAGAGCCUGCACUUCUCUCACACCCUCUUUUCAGGAACAGGACACGCCAUCGUCUGUUCGUUUCAUGACAACCAAAUGAAUUGCUAGAUUUGGCUUUCAGCCCCUUUUCAGCAAGAUUCAUGACACCAGUCUCACAAUUUUUGCUUCGAUUUUGGAAAGGAUAACGUGCUAAAAAUGUACUGCUUAAAACUGUGAGUUUUUUUCUUCUGGUAUAUUGAAUUGUGGCCAUAUCACAGUCUCAGAGCAGAAACCUUACUUUCAGUAUGCUCCAGGAGAUCAAUACCUAACCUCAAUCCUGUUACUGCUUUCUGAGUAAUAGGUGCUACCCAGGUCAGCAGUCUUUCUCUAGAACUAGCUGUACAUUUAUGUCCUAACAACAGGGCUAUCUCCAAGGUUUAUCAGCCUUAUCCUCAGCUUCAUGAGACACGGGCUGUAUCCCUCCACCUAGUGGCGAUGGCUCUUUCAGUCCAGAGAAAACUCAGAUUACUUGGCAUCUCUUCCUGUCACCGUAUUGUUUAUGUCUUUGUUGCUGGAUCCUACUUGCUGGCGGAAUCCAUCUGUUACUGACUACACCACGCACAUUUCACUGCUCUUUGGGAGGCACCACAUGUGACUUCACAGAACCAAACCAUAGUGGUUACAAAACAAGUUAAAUCUCUAUUAUUAACUUUUGAGCAUUUCACAGACAACAUUGUAAGUGUGCGAUGUUACGUUUUAAAUCAGACCACAGUGGUCCCCAAAUAUUAUGUACAUAAUGGCAAAUGUCAGUGUAACUUUUUGUUACACUGGCAGUUUCAUAGGUAACCACACCUAUGUUCCAAUGUUCAAUUAUCUGUGUGUAUAUGUAAAAUACACAAGCUUUAAGCUACCUGUGUAUGAAGAUGAAAGAUAAUGCAACCAUACCAACCGUAAACAAUGGAUUAUACUUACUUUGGGUGGUAUUCGGUUAUGUCGUUCCAAACUCUUUGCUGUUUUUUCUCUUGCACAUGCCAUUCAUUUGCUGAUUUUUGUGGUAAGAAUAGUCCUUUUUAUUAAUUUGAGCUCAAAGUCCAAAUGUGUCACUGUCUUACUGUUACCCAACAAGAGUUAGUGUUCAGUGAUGACAAGUUCCCGUUUCAUCCGCUCUUCUUUGCCGCAUUAAUUAACGACACCUGGAUGAGGAGGUGUGCGCUAACUUCAUUGCUCACCUGGGAUCCUGCAUGAGCCCACUGAAUUAGUGCUACUCCUAUUAGAUAAAUGAGCAGUACACAUAGGUGCAUGUUAUGAAACAUGAAUCACAUAGAGCUGUGGAGUUUUACCAAGUAGUGUGUUUUUUGUUUUCAUUUUUGUUUCCACUAUGCAAAGAUGGGAAAUGCACAAACUUCUCAAAGACUCCAGUGUCUGAAGAACUUAACAAAUAAUACUUGAACCUUUCUUUAAAGUCAUCCCAUCAUAUUUUAUAGUCAUGGUUGCUUCCAUUGUUAACUUUUGUUUUUAAAUGGUUUGUAAUUUUUUAAGUGUACAACCUGAAGUUUUGUUUGAAGUUAAUAAAUUCAUUCAUAAUCUCGUUGGCUGCCUAUGAAUGGAGAUUCAGUGGUCAUUGUACGCAUCUUUUAGUCCAGUGUGUAUUAAAAUCGUUGCUAAGAUAGAUUGUUGUAGCUUUAUGCUUUGACCAGUUUUCUUAGGCCCCCUUUUUUGUGUUAUCUUGUGGUGUUGAUGAAAUGGCCACAUGCCUGAUAUCAAGAGUUUUUUCUUAGCACGGGCUUCUCAAUCAAAGGCUCACUGAAAAUUAAAGCAGUCAAUGGAGCCAAAUAAAAUCUCUGAUUCAUGACAAACAUAUUCCUGAUUAGAUCAGUUUCAUUGGAGUUAUUGGAAAUGCUCUACCUCUUAUAAAUGGGGGGAGCUCACUUCAGGAUCAUACAAUUAUCAAUUUUUUUUUCUUUAGUUUCUCUCUUCUUCAUCUAAAGGGGGUAACUAGGGAUAAGAUCCACACUUCUGACCUGGUACAGAAUUUACAAACAAGCUACAAAGAAAAUAGAAGUAUUUGGUUAUACAAAUAGUUUUAUCAAAAACAUUCAAAGAAAGAAAUUUCCUCACACCUUACAUGAAAUUGGUUACCAAAUGAUACUCCUUCUUUACAAGUGUCUUUCAGUCUGUCUCCUCCAUUCUUGGUUUGACCUCAGCUGACUCAGGUAACUCAACGUAUAUCUACCACACUGACGUGCAGAGAGGCUGAUCUGAUCACAUCGUUCUGCUGAAAGUUUGCAGGGAGGGGUUCUUCAUAUCCUCUAGGAUGAAGUUCAAACUUAAUAGUGUAACUAAAACAUCUGCCUGCCUUUCACAGCCUCAACCUUGUUUAUUUUUCUAUUGGCUUAUCCUCUCAGUCCCCUAACUUAAGAUUCCCCUCCAAGAGCCUCUGCUACCCAAGCUG